AUGCCUCCUCAUGCUAUUGCUAGCCCCAAGAAGAAGAAGUCAAAGCACAAAGGCUCAGAUGCUUCUGGCAGGGCAGGUUUGCUGAAGAAGUCUCGCAAAGCUGCAGAGCUCACCAAAGCACCUGGCAUGCCACUUGUUUCUCUUGGUCUGUCUGAAGCAGUAGCUGAGGACAGUGCUCCACAACGUUCUGGCUGUCCAAAUGCAGGGACUGGAGGCCAUCCUCCCAAGGACUCCACAUCUCUCACUUCCAAUAUCCCAGUGAACCCUCAGGCUCUGGGACCAGUUUGUAAGGGCCAGAAGGGUCAUUCUAAGGUUGUCCCUCCACCUUAUAGUUCACUUGCGAUUACCAAUGGUCCUGCCUUGAGUAUCAACAACAUGAAUCCCAUUUUCUCAAUGCAGCCACCUGGUGGAAGUCUUGAAGAGACUAAUAAUCCUUAUGUUGCUGUUGGCAUGAAGGUUGCCAAAAAGUGCACUGCAAAAAUGGCCAGUGAUCAAACCUCAUCCAAUGUUGUACCACCACCGCACACCACCUUUAUGAGGCAACACCUGGAUCCAGCCCUGUUCGAGGAGGAUGACAGUGACAAGGACAAUGAUGAUGACAAGGAUGAGGAUGAGGAUGAGGAAGAGGACAAGGAAGAGGACGAGGAUGAUGAUGAGGAUGAGGAAAAGGAUGUGGAGAGGGAAGAGGAUGAGGACAAGGACAAGGAUACCAAUGAGAGCCAACACCAACAUCGCAAUAAUCAUCCAGGCUUUUCAAAAGAAUCAUUACCUUCACAACCUCAGGUAACUUGUCAUCUCACACCAGAAUUUGAUUUUCAGUACUCUCAUGAUGAAGAUGAUGUGACUGCUCAGACGAGUCUCGAUAAAGGCUCUGCAAUCAACUCUGAGUCCUCCUCAUCCAUACAAUGGAACAGUGACUCCCAAGGCUUUCUGGAUCCCUCAGCAGGUGCGCAGCACCAACAACAGGUACAGCAUUGUGAGCCUAGUGAUGUAUUGGAGUGCCACCACAAGCAAAAUGGCCAGCCUCAACUUCCUGACCCUGAAACUCUCGAGCUGCUUCAUCAAGUAGCUGAGGGUGCCAAGCUCCAAGGAGAAACAGACAGACAAAACAGCUUCCUCAAGCAUACCAAAGGAGAAUGUCAUGUGAAACACACACUUGAGGACCCAUUCCUGACUUUUGUUGAUGAUCUUGCAGGGUCUAUAACUGAAGUUCUCAUUGCAACUUUAGUUGCUUGGGACAGGGAAGGAAAGCAAUUUGAAGCUGGAAUUUGGCCAGAGCAGAAGUGUAGUAUGGCUCAGUUGUUAUACAAUGAUCUUUCAACGUGGCAAUCAGAACUGAAGAAAACUGCUAUAAGCUUGGCGCCUAUUGCAUACUUGCUUGUCCCCCCUGCAUCAGUCCCUGCUCAAGAAUGUGCAACAUGGAUUGAAGGUGCUGCUUUGCAGUUACUUGCUGGAUCUGAGUUCUUAUGGUUUGGAUUAGAUGCAUUGGUAAUACUUUCUUCCCUUCUGCCUGACUGUCAUAUCCCACAAUCCGGACCCACAUUCCAUCAUAUUCCCACGCCUUCCGAGCCUACAUCCAGACCCCACCCCAUAUCUGACUCAUUCCCAGAUCCCCUUCCACUGUGUACUCCACACCUCAGCAAGAUCGACUACGCUCCGGAUUUACCCCUGAGCUCUGGACCUCCGGAUCCUCACUGCUGGCCUGAUCUGUACCACCCUAUCCCAUCCACCCUAUGUGCACUCCAUCCAGCAAGACAUCUGGACUUCACCUUGUCUCAGAUUCUGGACUAUAUCCACCUCAUCAUAUUCCAGUCCUAUAUCCACCCCAUCUUCCGGAUCCCCAGAUCUCCGGACCUCCAGAUAUUAACUCCGGAUCUAUUCCCACCCUCUGUCCGAUAUCCUGUGCCUAUCCCCAUUUAG